UGCGAACAGGGGGGGUCGUUGAAGUGAGAUCUUCUAGACUGAAGCCCUUUCUCUAAAUGUCGAAACUUGUAAAUAGUUCUUCGUCUUCUUGGUUGUAAUCAUCCUGCUCAUCCACUGGUCGCCCGCCAUUCUUUAUUAGCUCUUUACUUUUAGCAAGUACACUGUAUAUGUAGAGUAUCUAUGUAUAUGUAGCUUUUGCGUGGAACAUUAAGUGACAAACACGUCGCAAGGCCACGUCCUCCUAACAUCACACCAAGAAAAAAAUGGCCACCAAUGACAAAUAUGAUCGUCAAGUGCGUUUGUGGGGCACGAGUGGGCAAGCGGAGGUCGCGAAGGGCCAUGUUUUGUGUCUAGGGAGUUCUGCGGUAUUAUCUGAAGCCGCGAAAAAUGUAAUUUUGCCAGGUGUCGGCAGGGUUACUAUCGUGGACGACCAAAAGGUCACCGCUGUGGAUCUGCGAACGAAUUUCUUUGUGGUGGAGAAACAGCAACAGGGUGCCAGCAUUUUAGGCACUUCGCGGGCAGAAGCGGUGAGGGAAAGCCUUCAGACCUUGAAUCCAGAUUCAAGCGUCGUUGGUGUUGACGUCGGCAAAAAUGGUGGAACCACAAGCGGUUGGCUAGAAUGUGAAGCGAGCAGAGUAUAUUUGUCCAAGGCUGACGUUUCUCUCAUUCUCGUUGAUGAGCAGCAUGUGCCGAUUGAGAAAGUGCGACGUGCCUUAGAGCGCUUAUCUUCGCCGCCAGUGGUGGUGCGGUGUCUCUCACGAGGUUUCGUAGGAUGGGUCAGACUAGAGCAGGUGGCUUCUACGACUAGCGGAAGCGCAAGCACAGCUUCUUCUUCGUCUGGUAGUAGGCCCCAUAUAGUCAUGGACUCAAAACCAGAGGGGCAGGCGUUUGUGCGGCACCAGCUGCGUUUAUCAAAGCCGUUUGAUGCUUUGCAGAAGUAUGCUUUUGAAGGAGCUUUUUCCGAUGUAGAAUUCGCUGGAGUAAAAGACUCGGCAGAGCAUGCGCACAUCCCCUAUCCUUAAGGCCAGUCGAUCACUAUCUGGCGCUGUGGUCUAGUAUCCUGAGAGGAAAGUUUCCGCUUACUGGAGUCAUCAAGGGGAAAGAGCUAGGAGUCCUUAAACAAAGAAGGCAACAAGUCACUCAACAAUGGAUAGUGAUUGGAGUCUUGUCGCUAAUGGUCAAUUAUCUUGCUGCAUGCCCGCAAACUCUAUUCCGAGGGACAGGGUGGAGCUUCUUUGCGAACGCGUGAGGAAAAGGAGGCUUUUAAAAAGUGCAUUCUGAGACUAAGGAGGAGUCCGGAUGAGCAAAACUUUCAGGAAGCGCUGGACGUAGCCUAUCUGAUGUACGACACACCUGCGAGUAGCGCUGUCGUGCCGGAGGAUACUCGGGAAGCUCUGGAAGCCCUCGCUGUUGAAAGACUAUGAUGAAGGGCGACUCUUGUGAUUAGAAACUUGGUAAUGGUAGUUGUAUCUUCUAGCAGCCAGGAAUACGUAGAAGUUGUAUGACCCAUAGUAAUCUUCUAAUCCUAAGAAACGGCACCAAAGACGACGCAGACUUGCGACUAGCUGCUCAGGCCGUGGCGAAGUUCUGUGAGGAAAAAGGCGUUUUGCCCUUGCCAGGCUCUUUACCGGACAUGACGAGUACGACAGAGGGCUAUAUUGCUUUGCAAGAGCUUUAUAGGCGGCAAGCGGAAGCAGAAAUCGAUGAGAUUGCGAAGGCAGAGCAGACAACUACUUCUCCUUCAGACAACAACAACAAUCCCUCCUCGGAAAAUUUGAAGACUAAUGUGGGCAACCUUUGUCGCAGCGCGUUCGCGUUGAGAUGCGUCGAUCUACGGCAGGAAACUACUUCCGCCCUAGUAGGUCGUGGCACAACAACUACUACUUCAUCCGCUGACCAAGCGCAUAGUCAAGACCUCGCUGAAGACUGCGUCCCGAUGGAGGUAGACAAUUCAACUACAACGAUGUCGAAGAUAACGAGACUUCUGCCGGAAGAGCUACGCGCAGAGCUAGAAUGCAUGGAGAGUCAAGAGGAGGUCGACGAAUCCAUGCUGCCUUGGUUCUUAGGGAUCGCGAAAGUGGUGGAAGAGGAGCAGCAGCUAUCUUGUGGGCGAGGAACAGCAACAGGUGGAGGACAAGGUGCCCCUUAUGAGGCGGAGGUGUGAUAGUUUAAGUCUAAGACUUUCUUGAACUUGAUGAGGAUGAUCGGUGUCGUUCGUGCUAAGGCUUAGGCAUUCUAGGUGAGCAACAACGAAAGGGAAUGGUGCAACGUGAGAACUGUAAGAAACAAGGGUAAAUGAAUACUGUAGAAAAUAAUUAGUAGCAUACUAUAAAUGACCAUGAAGAAAGAUCUUUCUAUGUCUAAAAACAUCAAAUCAAGGACGAGGAGCUGUCGCCUGUUGUACUGGAAGCGAUUCGUAAAGCGACGACUGAGGUCCGACGAUGCCCUGGUCAAGUACAUCCGACUUCGGCUCUCAUUUUAAGACUUUGCUCUUCGGUAGAAGAGAUGACAGUUGAUGAGAUCGAAGAGAGAAGCUUUUUUAUAUCAAGAGAUCGACGAGGCUCAGCAUUUGUUUUCAGAGUAGUGCCAGUGGUGGUUUACAACAAGUUUUUCAAAUAGUCUUCUGACUCAAUAGCCUUGUGGCUCUGCUUCUAACAUUGACUCUGCUUCUAACAUUGACGCUGCUUCUAUCGUUGAUUCUCAAGUCUCUACAUGUAGGCCUCGAUCUGUGACUCAUUUCCAUGAUCCUUCCCAUCGUAACGAAUAUUAACUCAACCUGAGGUUACGUAUUCGAGUAAGUAGUGGGGAGGGCGGCGUCGUCUGUCUACUUCAUCUCUGACGUAGUUCUAAUCGUAGGCGGCAUCGCAGCCCAGGAAGCCAUAAAGCUGAUAACGCGCACCUAUGUCCCUUUAGACAACGCACUCGUGUACAGUGGAAUCGUGGAUAAGAGCGAAGUCUUCAAGAUAUAAGGCUACAUUUUGGUGGGAGGUUAUAACGAAGAGCUCUUCAGUAGCCGCCGAAUUCUGCCACAUCGGAUGGUAGACCCCAACCUAACCUAACCUAAGUGUGCCCGGAGUAGCCCUCCUAUUUACCAUUGGGAUUAAACUAUCACAACUUAGACCACUUUCUUACUAUAGUAAAUCGUGACUGUGUCAGAGCACCAAAGCCAAUGACUGUGCCAGAGCGCAGCGUUUUCAUUGCUGUACUCUUAUGAGACUCGAUUUGUGUACCCUGUACGAGUCGCAUGCCUCCAGUUACUACCAUGAGUAAGGAAGACUUUUGCGUGAUUACAAAAUUGACGAUUAUACAGCGGAGACCUACGCCUUCAUGGUACAUCGUGAGAAGAAAGCUUGGUAC